AAUAAGUAAGCAAUUCAACUAAAAUGGAAUGAUUUCGUAAAUCGACCAGUAUACAAUUAAGGGCUCGUUGAUCCUGGCUUGAUUGACUAUUCGAUGAGUUUGUUUAGCGCAUUGUGCAUUUGAUCUAUAUAAGAAGCUUUUUUCAACUUUGGAGUUAAUACAAUCUCUAUCACACCUUCACAUAUUGUUUCCUCAUAUAAAAGUUUUAUAUCCAAAUUCUUCAAGUCACACACAGAAAGCCCCAAGAUGCGGUCACAAUUCGCUCUUUUGUCUAUGCUAGUUGCCGCGAGUCUCUCCGCUGCCCUGCCAACAACUGUCAACAUCUCUACUCCAUUCAAGGGUCCAAUACCUAGCGAAACAGACUACUAUAGUUCAUAUCGCGGUAAAUCUGCACCAUUUCCAGCAAAUUACACAAUACCUAUCUUACCAACAGCGAGUGGUCCACCGGGACUUGACGACCUUCUCUUUCAAAACCUUCUCGGAGCAGAAUGGGCAGUAUUUUCCUUCUACCAGCAAGCUGUCGAAGCUCUGAACGUCACCUCGUUUACAUCGAUUGGAUUUCCUAAUACGACCUACGAUCGCAUCCAAGAGAUCCGCGAUAACGAAGCUGGUCAUCUUCGGAUAUUCCAGGAUUCCAUAUCUAACACAUCGAUUAAACCCGGUCCCUGCAACUACAAUUUUGGCUGGAGCACCGCAGCCGAGUUUCUAGAAAUGCAAGUAUUGAUUGAAGUAUCAAGUAUGGCAUUCGCGACGGGACUCGUGCAGCAAGCAAAGAUGAACGUAACGAAGGGCGCCUUGAUGGGAAUUGGAGAAACUGAGACUCGACACACUACGUGGGCUUUGAUUUCAGUCUGGGGAGUUGAUCCCUUUGCCGGGCCAAUUGAUACCAGUUUUCCAUAUGCAAAUCAAAUUCUAGACUCGACGAAUCGGUUCAUUAUCGAUGGUUCAUGUCCAAAUGCAAACCCUGAAUAUCCGUCUCCUAGUCAGCACUUGCCACAGUUACAAGUACCGGGAGAAAUUACUCCUGGAGGGAAGCUGACAUUUAUUUACGAAGAAAGUAGCAAUGGGAGUCAGAUGCCGAGUUUUCAGGAAGGAAAAGAUUAUUAUGCUGUUUUCUUUCACGGGUUGGAGGUUAUUUCGGUCCCAUACGAUGUCGCUACUAACAGCACAACUUUUCCUCCCAAUCUUGAAUUGAAGGGUAUAAUCUUGGCAGUUAUUUCUGAUGAGAUGGACGCGCCCACUGAGGGGUCUGUUGUUGCUGGCCCCGCGUUCAUCUUGGAGCAACCCGCGAUACUUGCUGCUAGUGGUUUGUAAAGACUCAUAGGGGAUAUCCAGAUACUAGAAUAUGGGAAUCUGGUUGGAAGUUAUCAGAAUCGUCAUUCAUUGGAUGUAUUUUUGAAUGGUGUAUGGUGAUGCCUGUAUGUAGUAAUGUUUUAAGAUAUAGUGGAUCUUCUUUGGAAUUAUUUAGCUUCAUGAUGCAAUCGUCCUACUCAAAGUGAUCGCU